AUGAUCCAAGAGGUCUUUGCUCGCACUCUUGGGGCGGAGCUGUUUCCUGACCUGAUCGAGGACCUCAACAGGCUCUCCGCCGAUAUUCAGAACCUCGUCGAGGCCCACAUCACGGGCGUCACCGACUGGAAGAAGGUUGGCGAGCCCCGGGAGCGGGACAUCGUGAAUCAGUUGAAGGAUGUCGCAGCAAUGGCGGGCCCUGGCCCGCAGCCGAGCCCAGGACUGGCGACGAGCGUCGCGCCGCGCGACAACUACCCGAGCCUCUCCCAGUCGGCGCCCUCAAGCCUCGGCCCACAGCCGAGCCGGGGACUUCAGCCGGCGCCGCUGACGCUCGCGGCGCCGCCGUUUCCAGCAGCACUGAGUGGCUAUGAGGGCCGCCAGCAGGCGGCCGCUGUGGCUGCGAUUGUGGCCGCCCCUGCUGCGCUCCGGCUGCCGUCGCUGGGCGCUCUGACGGCGAUGCCCGCCCUGGCCGCGCCGGCGUCGGCGACGGUCGCCCCAGCUGCGCCGCAACAUCCGCAGCGGCCACAGCCGGCCCAGGAGUUCGCCACUGUGCCCAUCGAUGAUCUGGACUUGUCCAUGGACCUCUCCAGGGUCAUCGACAUGGUGGACCUCGAGAGGCAGAUGGAGGCGAAGGUCGCAGUAUUUGAGCAGCAGUUGCAUGAGGACGCCGCCGCUCGAGUGCGCGCCGCGGCUCAGGCGCGAGAGCAGGCGCUUGCCCCCAGCGUUGCCGACGAACGCAUCCGCGCCCAGCAGGAGAUGGGCAUGGCGCUGGUGGCCCAGCAGGCCCAGCAGGGCCAGCUCGUGGCCGAGUCCCAGGCCAUCACGCAGUACAGCGAGGCGCAGUUCAUGGCAGGGGUCCGCGACGAGAUGCAGCAGUACGAGGCGCACCUCGUGCAGCAGUGCGCUGUGGGCCAGCGCGAGGCCAUGCGGACCGGAGUCAACCAUGUCCAGAACUACUUCGAGGGCGUCUUCAACCAACGCGUGGGGGAGAUGCAGCAGCAGUACGAGGGCCGAUGCCGGGACCUGGCCGAGAGCCUGGCGUCGCAGGGCCGCGCGGAGCUACUGAGGGCCGAGGCCCACGUCGGCGGCGAACACCAGGCCAUGGCGGCCCGGCUCCGGCUGGAGUCAGAGGAGCUCGCCAGCGUGGAGCGGCGCGCCGCCACGGCGGCAAGGUCGAGCGAAAGGUCGCUCGAUCUCGCAUCUGUCAGGGAGGAGAAGCACGUCGAGUUCGUCGAGUCGGAGGCAAACGACCGAGAGCGAGCGCAUCGCAGUGAACUGGCAAACCACGACCGCGCCCUCCGCCAGGAGCUCCGCGACCAGGACGCGCACUGGCGAGCUGAGCUGCGGCAUGCCAGCGAGCAGGCGGUCGCCAUCGCGACCCAGCAGGCCAUCGCGACCCGAGACGCCGCGCAGCGUGAGGUCGACCAGUGGGCCGCGGAGAUGGUGGCUGCCAGCGACGAGCGGCUCCGCGAGGUAAUGAACUCGGAGGACGAGGCGACCAUCGAGAUGCAGGGCGCUCAAUCGGAACUCCUCGCGUGGAGAGCCGAGGCAGAGGCGUGCCGCGACGAGUUGAACCAGGCUGCGCUGAGGGAUCGGUGUCGAGCAGCCCCGUGCGAGUAUCGUCAUGCCGUCGCUGCCUGGGCUGGGCCCUCGCUGCGAAUGCGACCGCGGGCCGAGCCCCCGACUGCGGCUGUCCCAGUGGCCGCCGUGGGCAUUGCGAGCCCGCAGCAGGAUCGUGGAGCCGCCGCCCGCAACGACGGUGAGCACCAGUCUUCCGAGAAGUCGUCGGGCGAGGAGUUCACCCGCAAGCGAACGACGGUGAAGCCCGUGGACCUGGGCUCGCCGCCCGCAGCCGCUGGAUUCCGUAUCUGGGUUGCUGACGUGUGCACCAAGUGCACGGCGGCAUCGAACCGGUCGCAGCAGCGCACGAUCAGAUACAUCAAGGGCGCGGAGGCCUGCGGCGACCCGGCCGCGUUGCUGAUCGCCCCGAAGAAAUGGCAGCCAUUCGACGCCGAGCUGUUCUCCGCGGUCAUGCGGUACUCAGCGGGAGAGCUGAAACGCAAGCUGACCACCUGCCGGGAGCAGUGCUACAAGCAAGGGGUCGAUCUGGCCUUGAUGACACGCGAGUUCCGCGGCGACCUCAGCCUGUGCCUUGAUGGCCUUGACGCUAUCCUGGAGCACCUCCGGGAACCACCUGACGAAGCUCUUCUCCAUGCUUGCGUGGUGCCGCAGCUGCGAAAGUGCAAGCCUUUGGCAUUGGACUUCGAGCUCUACGAUCGCGCCGAGGAAGGCUCGACGGAGAAGACGCUGCAGUUCUUGUGCGACAAGGCCAGGGACUACGUCAGGCGCAAGGAGAUGCAAGACGUCGUGGAUUCCCUCCUGAAGCCAGCGCCCAGGGUAACGCCACUGACACCGAAGGGCACGGGUAAGGGCGAGAAGGCGCGGUGCGGCCAGGAUUGCAUCUUUCGGCGCUGCUCCACCCCUCCCACCAAGGGCGACGCAAAGGCGAUGGAGCUUGGUGCAUCUGCCAAGAUGCCCGACGGCGCCGCAGGGUCCGGAGCAGCCGCGGAGGCGCCCAAGAAGCAGAUGAUCUGCAACAUCCACGCGUCUGUGUACGACGAGUGGGCGCUCGACGCGGCGGCCGCCCUCGACGUCGCGAACUCCAGGGUCGCGGGAUCCAAGGGCAAGUCGAACGUCGCCACGGCCAUGUGGUCAGCAGGGGGGAUCGUGGACUCGAACGAGACAGUCACCGCCGACCUCGCCCCCCUCGGCGAGACGAUCACGGCGCAUGUCCUCCCAGACACGCCCAACGCAUUGGCACUUGGACGACGUUGUGCGGAGAAGGGCUACGGGCUACGGAGUCUGACGCAGCCGACAGUUCCGAGCGUACUCUUCUGGCCGACGUACAGGUUGCUGGACCAGGCCGACAGGGCGGAGCACGACGCCGAGGCCGACAUCGUCGCCAACGACUCCAAGUUCGAGGUCACGCAGGUGGGCGCCAGGGACGAGGAGCAGGACUACUGCGCGCCCUGCAAGGACGUGAACUCACCCGAGCACCAGAGCAUGCAUCUGCCCCGCCUGAAGGGGUGCCCAAUCUGCGACGACGCCAAGCACCUGCACAAGUACAAGCUCCGGCGCACGGAGCCCAUGGUGCACGUCACCGGCCAGCACGCCAUUGACAAGCUUUUCGGGGCGAUGGUGCACAUCGACUGGCCAGAGAUCCGCCGGGGCACGCAGGGCGUCAAGACGGCGCAGCGCGCUCUGAUGCUGACGGACGACCUCACCGUGUUCCUCGGCGCCGGGCCCUCGAACUCGAAGGAGGCCGGCGUGGUGGUGGAGCUGAUUCAUCGGUGCGACGACGUGCCUCCUGCCAUUCGGAGGUGGUGGUCUGGUCGAGCGGCUGAGUUUCUUGCCGCUUCGCGGCGUGUGCGGUCACUGCGGCCUCUGGCGCACUUCGCGUCCGCGCCGUGGCCGCGCGCCCCGAAGGCAGAGAGGACGAACCGGACAGCCUCGGAAGGCGCGAGGGCCCUGCUCAUCCAGUCGGGCCUCGACGAGGCGUGCUGGGCGAUGGCGCUGCUCUUCUGGAUUGCCAUGUGGAACGGGUUCAUAAUCGUCAAGGGCGGCAUGGCCCCCUACUUCCGGAUGCACGGGGCGCCAGCGCCGUGCAAGCAGUGCGCCUUCGGCGCCCUGGUGCUGUUCCACCCGCGCCGGCCGGUGCCGCAGCAGGGCGCGGAGCCACUGCACGACAAGCUACAGUCUCGGCUCGUGCCCGCCGUGCUGAUCGAGAUCGCCGUCGGGCCAGGGGGGAAAUGGGCCUCCAGCUACGGAGUCAUCCCUUUAUCGAGGUUUACCUCGGGGAGUCGGGCCUCCAAGGCGACCAUCAGACGAACCAUGGGCGUAGUAUUCCCAGCGGACGUCACGUCCCCCAUCAAGCAGCGCCUGGCGAUCCAUAGGGCCACGGUCGACGAGACCCUGCCGGCUGCCCGCGUCGCGGACGACGCCGAGACCUGGGAGAUCUUGGAGGACAAGGGCGAUGUCGACAUGGAGGCGGAGUUCUUCGACGGCAUGUGGAAGGAUGGCGCCGCCAAGUUCGACUCCAGCGUGCCCCUGGGCCACGUGCUGGCUCUGGAGCCGGACGUCCAGGGCGACGAGGUGCAGCCUGUGGCGAUUGCGCCCGCUGGUGACUUUCAGCCGGUAGACGCCGACAUCGCGGAGGCGCAGCAGGCCGUCGACGACGUCCAGCCCGAGAUCGCCAUCAUCGAGGGGGCGCCGCUCCACUGGGAUGGGGGAUCGACCGCUUUGGACGAGGUGGAGACAGAGUCCGCCUGGUGCACGCGCCACCGUGGCCACGGCGCCCGCCGACUUGCGAGCCCGAGGUGUGGGUUGGCAUUGGGCGUGCUGCUCAGAAGGAUCUGCGCUCGGAGCGGGGGCGACUCGAUGCACCUGGCUUCGCGGCGCAGCGACGUGGAGAAGGACACCACGACCCGCGAGCUGAGGGGUGCAACUCUUCAGCUGGAGCGCCCUGCGGUGGCGUUGCGGCCGUCAGCGACGCGCGUCGUCCAGCAGGCGCGCAGCAUGAUCAUCACUGGCGACUACAGGUUCCUCUUGCUGGAGUUGGGGUGCUCCGAGGACAGCGAGCUCAGCGCGGCCGCCCAGGAGCGCUGCCUUGCGGUGCGCAUCGCCGCCAGGGAGGACUUGACACUGAGGUCAACUAAACGUGCGAUUCAUUGCAUAAUCAGUUUUUGCGUCCUGCACGAGGUGGAGGUGCACGCGUGGGUCAGCAUCCCGUGCACUUUUGGAUGCCCUUGGAAGUCCGUCAACACGCCUCUGGGCGUCAACGCCGGGAGCGAGAGCUUGACCAACAAGCUCAUCGAUGCUGCUGUCCAGAUCUGCGAGCACGUGGACAGGGCCAACAAUACGUUUUCUUGGGAAUGGGCGGAUCGCAAUUUAUUGUGGCAUGACCCGAGGGUGGUCGACAUGUUAGCCCGACGAGGCGCUGUUGAUUCUGUUGUUUCCUCUGCUGCUGUGGGCAUGUCCUUCGGUAAGAACAUCAAGGGCACGAAUCAGCAAGUCUUCAUCAAGAAGAAGUGGAGGGUUGCUACGACGCACCCGGGGGUCCCGAUCGAGCCUGGGCCCUGCGCCGACCUGCCCAAGCACAUCCCGCAGGCUAGCUUCGUGGAGUGCCGGGGCAAGAUCGCAGCUGCCAGCGCUCUGUACACGCCGCUGAUGGCAACGCUGAUCUGGGAGGCGCUGAAGCCAAACGUUCCGAGGGCGAUGCCGUGCACGCUCCCGGAUCGCACCAUGGAGCGUGUGCUGCCCCCGGGCCCUCCGACGAUGCCGCUGUGGUGCUGCCUCAUCACCAGGCUCGUCAACAUGAAGUCACAGGAGGCCAAGACCGACAAGGCCAAAGCGGCGAUCGAGGCGGAGCUCGAGGGACACAGGAACCGGGGCACCUGGGACAUGAGCAGGGUCCGUAGCCUGAAAGACUGGAUGGCUGGCGACUCGUACAAGGACGUCGUCGUAAGCCGCGUCUUCGUCAUCUUGGGCUGCAAGAGCAGCGAGAUGGACGAGGGCCAGUGCUGCACCUACCGCGACGCGUACCAAGCCUACCUUCAGGCUGCUAUGGAGACCGACCCGGCGAUUGUGGACCUUGUCGAGCUUCCCAAGGACUGGUGGCCGAGCAGUUGGUUUUACGAUCGUGACCGAACGCAGCCAAAAUACCACCGGCCAGCUGUCCCUCUGGUGUACGCGCUCCCAGGGCGCCCGAAGAGCGGGAACGUCUGGGAGUCCCACGCGGACGCCGUGUUCAUCGUGGAGAUGGCUGGAUGGAGGAAGGUCGACGGUUGGCACAGCAUCUGGCUGCAUGCUGAUGGCAGCAUCGUGGUGAUCUACGUGGGCGACUUCUUGCUCGCGGCCACGGCGGCGAACGCCAAGAAGCGCUGGCGCGAGCUGGGGCAGCACAUCGUGUUCCAGGAGGCGUGCGCAGAGGUGUUGCGCUAUCUUGGCGCCUUGUACCACUUCGACCACGUCAACCCCGGGUACCUCCACAACCUGGUGGACAAGUUCAAGCUGGAGUACAGGGGCGCCUUGCGCAAGGUUACAACGCCGCGCCCCACAGAUGGUGACUACGCGGCGGUGGACGACGAGCCGGGCAUCUUCCCGGCCUCUGCUGCCAGCUACGUCUCUUCCGGCUUGUAUGCUUCUUUGGUAUGUCGCCCAGAUCUGUCUGUAGCGAUGCAGAGAAUGUGCAGCCGGGUGACGCGGUGGACGGUUGCAGACGACAUCGCACUGAUUCGUUUUAUGUCUUACGUGUCGGAGUACCACGAUAUGGAGCUCUUUGGGCAGUUGGCCCCGACCGACUUCGAGCAUCUAGCGAUUAGAUUGUGGCCUGACGCCGACUGGAACGGGGACAGCAACACCACGAAGAGCACGAGUGGGUUGUACUGCGAAUUGGUGGGGACCGAGUCCAGCAACUCUUUCCCUCUUACGUGGAAGGUGUCGCGCCAGACGGCGACCAGCAGCAGCAGCGCCGAGUCCGAGACCAUAAGCGCGAGCACGGCGGUUCGGCAUUGUGCGCUGCCGGUGCAGACGCUGAUCUCUGACAUGCUUGGCGUCCUCGUCCCCAUCGAUUGCAGAGUGGACAACGCUCAGGCAAUUCAGGCCAUCAAGAAGGGCUACUCCAAACGCUUGCGAUGUUUUCCCCGGACACACAGAUGCUCUAUCGGAGCCAUGCGCGAGAUCUACAACGAUCCAGAAGCAGCACUCGACGUAGAGUACCACGCAACAGCCACGCACAAAGGCGACUUCUUCACCAAGUCCCUCAAACCGGCGCCCUUUGCCGAGGCGAGGGGGCGCGCCGGCAUGCGGCGCGCCGCAAAGUUGUGA